AUGGACUCUUAUUUCGGUGAUGUUCCUUCCGGUAAGGAAUACCCUAAAUACUCAUUGCAGCCAAACUUCAAACCGGUUGACCACCUCUUUGAAGAAAGGCUAAGACAAUUCAUUGACAGAGGUGGUAAGUAUCGCGAUCUCAACUUACCUCAUUUCUGGGAUAAGGGGAGAUUGGAUACUAACACUGAGUGGGUUAAUUUAAAGGUGUUCAAGGUCCCUGACGAUGUUGAUGGGAAGACUCAAAGGCCACUUUUCAAAGAUCUUGACUUUAAGAAUUUGCCAUGGGAAGAUACCAAUAAAGGCAAUUCCUUUGGCCCUUCAUGGAAAACCUUCUGGUUCAAGAUUGAAUGGGAGAUUCCAGGAGAUUGGCUCGAACUGGGACAGGAAAUCCACUUUGAAUGGGAUGGUGACAAUGAAGGUUUGAUUUACAAUAAGCAUGGAUUACCAUUGCAAGCAUUCACAGGUGGUGAUGAAAGAUCGACUUUCAGACUUCCAAAGGAGUACACUAUUGCAGGAAAGCAGACAUUUUAUCUCGAAGCUGCUUGUAAUGGAAUGUUUGGGAUAGGAGACCAAGGUAACCUUGACCCCAAUAGAUAUUUCUAUCUCUCCAGGUGUGAAUUGGUCAGACCAAAUCUUACUGCAAGAAAGCUUUUCUAUGACUUCUGGAUUAUAUCUGAUGCAGCUAGAGAAUUCCCGAGCGACUCAUGGCAAAAGUGGCAAGCCCAAACCAUUUGUAAUGACAUCAUGGAUAUUUUUGAUCCUGAGGAUGUGAAGACCUUGGAUAAAUGUAGAGAAUUGGCUAAGGGAUACUUGGGUAAGGACAUUGAUUCCGAUGCGGUUUUCCAUGUGAAGCCUCCAUUGAACAGAAUUGAAGUUUUCGGUGUUGGAAACUGUCACAUUGACACAGCAUGGUUAUGGCCAUUUGCUGAAACCAAGAGAAAGAUCGUCAGAUCUUGGACCACUCAGAUUAAAAUUGCAGACGAGUACCCUGAAUAUGUUUUCGUAGCAUCUCAAAUGCAACAAUUCAAGUGGUUGAAGAAGUACCACCCAGAGACUUUGAAGCUUGUACACGAAAAGUUUGCAACUAACCAAUUCUUACCAAUUGGAGGUUCAUGGGUUGAAAAUGACACCAAUUUGCCCGAUGGUGAAUCCUUGAUUCGUCAAUUCCUUUUGGGUCAGAAUUUCCAACUCAAUGAAUUUGGCGUUAAGGCUGAUAUCUUUUGGUUACCUGAUACUUUCGGAUACUCUUCACAGAUUCCACAAAUCUGUCAAAUUGUCGGAAUUAACAAGUUCGUCACUCAGAAGUUAUCAUGGAACAAUAUAAACCAGUUCCCCUUGUCAACCUUCAAUUGGGUUGGUAUUGAUGGAUCCCAAGUUUUAGUCCAUAUGCCUCCAGCUAAUACUUAUACUGCAGAUGCCAAUUUCGGUGAUGUGGUUAGAUCGCAGCAUCAACAUAAGAAUAUGAGAGACGUCCCGGCAGGGUUGUUACUUUAUGGUAAGGGUGACGGUGGUGGUGGACCCACUGAAGAUAUGUUAGAGAAAUUACGUCGUUGCAGAGGUGUAGCUAAUACUUCUGGGUUAAUGCCUACCUUACAAUUAGGAGUUACUCCAGACGAUUUCUUUGAUCAUAUAAUGGAAAAAUCUAAACAUGGUUUAACUUUACCAAGUUGGGUUGGUGAGAUCUACUUAGAAUUCCACAGAGGUACUUAUACUACUCAAGCUGAUAUUAAGAAGUAUAUGAGAAGAGGUGAGGCCAAGUUGCAUGAUUUAGAAUGGAUUGCAACCUUAUUAUCUUUAACCAAGGGCAAGGAUUAUUCUUACCCUAAAAAGGAAUUGCAGGCCUUGUGGGAAGAUUUAUGCUUAUGUCAAUUCCACGAUGUUUUGCCAGGAAGUUGUAUUGGAAUGGUUUACUAUGAAGAGGCUAAGCCAAUGCUUAGAAGAUUAUUGAAAAAGGUCGAUAAAUUGAUCCAAGAAGGUCUUGACUUGUUGAACAAGAAAAAGCGCAAGAAUGUUUUGAAAUUAUGGGAUGUUGGUUUUGCCAACACCUUACCUUGGGCAAGACAUGAGAUUGUUAAAGUUGACAUUUCAUCGAAUGAAAAAGCCAACAUCGAGACCGCCAGAGGAAACUCAAAGGCGAUCCAAUACUCUACAAAGGAUCAGGAGGUUGCCUACGUUUCUGUCAAUUCUCAUGCUAGGGAGGAUGAAACUAACGUCAAUAAUUUUGAUGAUAUCUUGUACAAGGCGUCAGUUAUCGCAGAAGAAGACGGCUCUUACAUUUUAUCAAAUGAACUCAUCAAGGCUACUAUAUCCAAGCACGGUAUUAUCACUUCUUUAUACGAUACUGUGAACAAGAGAGAAGUUAUUGAUACUAGACAAACUAGACAGACUAGUAAGGAAGACGGUACAACCACAAUCGGUGGAAACCAAUUUUUGAUAUUUGAUGAUGAACCUUUGAACUUUCCUGCUUGGGAUACUGAAUUGUACUCGUUAAACAAGUUCAAAUUCUUGACAGAUGGUGAAGUAUCUAUUUUAGAAAGUGGUCCAUUGAAAUCUUCUUUGUUAGUAAAACAUUCCAUUUCUGAUAAGUCGAGUAUUGAGACUGAGAUUUCCAUUGAAGGUAUUACCGGAGCUAGUGACGUUGUGCAAAACAACUACAUCAAAUUUUCUAGUGAUGUUAAGUGGCAUGAAACUUAUAAGUUUUUGAAGGUUCAGUUUCCUACUACAAUUCACACAGCACAGCAAGCUAAUUAUGAAACUCAAUUUGGUAUCACCCAAAGACCAACUCAUUUCAAUACUUCAUGGGAUGUUGCUAAGUUUGAAGUGUGUCACCAUAAGUUUAUGGAUUUGUCAGAAUUCAAUUAUGGUGUUUCCAUUAUUAACGACUCUAAGUACGGUGGUGCUAUCCAUGGAAAUUUAAUCAGAUUAUCACUUUUAAGAUCGCCAAAGGCACCCGACGAAAAGGCAGAUAUGGGAGACCAUCAUUUCGAAUAUGCUAUCUAUCCUCACAAAAAUACCCUUGGACCUGACACUGUUAGAUUGGGAUAUAAUUUCAACCACAAUAUCCAUAGUAAGGAUUUAACAAAGGCACCAGUGCAUGACAUUCAAAAGUUUGGGGAUUUGGUUGGUAUUGAAAGCGAAAGUAAGAGUUUAAUUUUGUCGCAAAUAAAGAGAGGGGAAUAUGAUGAAGAUUUAGUGAUUUAUCCUAACCUUGCAAUUCAAAACAAAGGAAAGAAAUCGUUUAUUACUAGAGUUUACGAAUCAUUAGGAGGCUCAAGUAGUGGAACAUUGAAGGUUAAUUUGAAUGAGUUACCUGUUUCCAAGGUAUACAAAGUCAAUGGAUUAGAAGAAGAAAUUGAAGAAGUUGAUAUUCUGAAGGAUGGAGAAGUCUCAAUUAGUUUGCAAGGAUUUGAGAUUGCAACCUAUAAAUUUGUUAUUUAG